GAUGAAAGCGCCGGCAUCGCCUUCUCCCUUUUCUCAUGAUCCUGCACUUAAUCCUCCAUUGUCUUCGCCUUCCCCAAUGCCAAUGCUAAUGGACCUCUAUCGCGCAAUUUUAGGUGAUUAUUUGCGUCACGGUGGGCCUUUUGGGAUGGAAGCUCCACACUUUGUUUGCUGGCUACUCUUUUCGUUACAGUUGAAUCAGGGCCAACACGAGCCCUACGGCAGUCUGCAUGGGGCCAUGGGCCACUAACAAGGCCUUCUCAUUGGUGAGCCAGCUUGGAACUUUGGGACCUUAUAACUGUUCCCGUGAUAAUGAUCCUUCGUCAGAAGGACUUUGGCCCUGUAGAUAUUGGGUUCAAACACAAUCGAAAUUAUGGAAUUACCUAAAAGACUGCACUGUAUACGAGUGCAUACUGUACUAUGCUGGUAUCGAUGCAACACACACACACACACACACAAACACAAACGCGACACCCUGCAACUCUGGAUGGCGUUAAAGGAAGCUUACUUCUCUGAAACAAUGUCCAAGACAUCCAAUCAAACCUCGAACCAUUUCCUGGAGAGAAACCUUGCGUUCCUGAUUUCUUUGCUUCAGUAGUUGUCCCAGCCUCUUCAAUAGCUGAACCGCGGAAGUCAGGAGGACUUGAGACUUUAAGAGGUCUGCUAACCACUAAUGUUUGUUCGAGAAGCCCAAAGGAGUCUGAAGGAGUGCAGAGGAUCGACUGAUUGUCAGUCCCCGAUACGACAGUGGAAACACCCGACCUGGGGAGAAUCAGACAAGGGAGCCCUUGGCUUUCUUGAUCUCUUCUUAGUUGCUGACAAUAUCACAGAAUUGAGCAGCGAUAGUUACAUAACAUACACUCGCACGCGACACCAAGGCAGAAGAGCCAUCAGUUGUUUAGCCUACAGCGCCUGAUUUUGGUGUCAUAUCGCACAAAGACCAAGCAAUCAGCAUUGAUGCAAGGGUUUGAAUCAGUGUAUGGUGUAUCAUUGCAGAAAUGAUCUGUUCUGCGUGCCGAUUAGGGCAGCAUCGGUUCUGAUUCAAGCAACAUGCACAGUCAUGAGGCUCGGAGACUGUUUGGUACCACGCAACAUGUACGGAGUUUGCACAUACGGAUACCUCCAACACUCUUCUUUACUGGCCUGAUCCAAUCCGAGAGCUUCCCCUGUCGCGGCCGGCUUGGCUCAACGCCACACACGCCCCUCGAAGUCUCCACAUCAACUCCAUCUCUCCUCAUCUUCAGUGCUCCAUGAUAUGUAUCCUGUUGCCAUAACCCCGGCUUGGCACCUUGGAUCGCCAUUUCGACAUUCUACUGCCUUGCUCGACAGUCUUGGCCAAUGUUAGCCAAGACUAUGCCGAGCAUGGUCUGUCAAUAAUUCAAGCAGCUUUUUCAGCCUCGCUUCUGACGCCGUAGCCGACACCGCUCCUCAUCGAGAUUCAAUGCAAUGAACGCACGCGUGGACUGAUCAAAGUAUGGCUCAGUGUCCGUCCAAGUAUGGCAUGGGUUAAACGAAAUGGGUCGUUUCGUUUGCCAUUGGGAUUGAGGUUCUGCCGACAAGCGAAAGAGCAUUCAGAUUUGCGAUCCCACUCAUUUAGGCAUGCCCUUCUUAAGCUCCUCCACUAUCUCAGCCGCUUCCAAUGCACUACGGGCCUCAAAGUCAUAUCGUUUGCUCUCGGUUGCUUUAUACACAACAAGCUAUUUGCGGCAUUGUUAGAAUGGUAAACCAAUAUCAAAGGAACAGCAAACUCUCACCUUGACAUUCGUGGGAUGUUUCCGGAGGACUUUGCACCCAACCACGUUACUAAAGUGCACCGUUGUUGUCUUGCCUGAACCGUCAUGCAACGCCUUACCGCCAGACGCUGGCAUGAUAUGAAUGUACUCGCCGUCGAUUACUAGAAUGCGUUCGCUCAUACCGACGAUGCGCAUGGGCUGCUUGCGCCAGACAGUGUACUUCUUGUAGCUGGCGUUGCUGAGCUCAUCUUGCUUCAGCGAUUCUCGCGCCAAUGGGUGACUUCCGACCAUCGGUGUUUGCGACUUCUUGCUGCGUUUCUGCAUGGCCUGGUCGGCCAGUGGCAGCAUCUUCGGGGACGAGCUGCCCGGCGAGCCGGUAAUCGUCAACGGACCAUCUGUUGCAAAUCGUCGCCUGUACAAUUCCAAGUCUGAGACAUUCCCAAUGGACGAAACUGGCCGGUCCAGCAUGACUACCGCUCCUGAUCCAGGAAGCUUAAGAACAUGGUUGGCCUUGUCUAACUGUCUCUUUCGGCAUACCAUGUCCAGCACCUCAGCCAAGUAAGUAUCAGUCAUCACAUCUAGUGUCACCAUUUGGCCUGGUGCGACAUCUGAUGACAUGAUAUGAAUCCGAAGCAGCUUUUGCUGCCCUCGGGAUGUAUUGGGAGCUGCAGCAGGCGCCUGGGGUAUGUCUGCUGGAGGAGCGUUCGACCGAUAUGUCGUUGUGACGAUAGGAUUUUGCCGCGGACGCUCCGCUAGGAACGGGUUGACAGCCGGCCCUGGAGUGCCUCGAGGAGUCGCGUCCGCAUCUGGCUCCGUAGGAGUGAGAGGAACCCCCCCGCCGCUAUCCUGUGAUGUUGCUGGCUCUUCCUCUUCGUCUUCUUGUGGUGUGAGUGACUUAUUCUCAAGGUACUCCUCCUCUGAAGCUUCUGCCAACGCAAAGUCGUCGUAAGCAGUUGAAUUAGAUCGCAUGCGGCCUCCACCGCGCGCAGCAGCAUUGUUAACCGUAGUAAAAGAUGUCAACGGUUUCGUUCUUUCAAAGGGGGGGAAAUCGUCGUCAACUUCGCCACCUUCUUCCACCAUACGUAGAGUCCACCAGUUAAUAUUGAGCUUGCCCUUGGGCAACGGAGGUUCGAGUUUCUCCUCAUUGUAUCGGUAUAAACUCAAGCCGAUGAGGUCUGCAACCGUCACCACCCGCUCGGCACCUUGUCCGUCGUGAACACGUGGGCGGAUAAGCACCUGGAAUGGCUUGCUGGGUGUUUUUGAGAAAGGUGCAUAUAUACGCACAGCAAUAGAACCUUGCGUACCCUGCCCACUGAAAUGGGCGAACUUCUGGAAGGGAAUAGACGAUUUCUUAUCCUUGGCUUUUAGGGCGGCCGAUAGCAAACUCUUGGGUUGGGCGACGCUCAAAGGUCUGAUCAUGCUCAUCGGCCUGGGAGGUGGUAACGCUCCGAGGACAAUGGGGUGCGUCGGCGGUUUGGAUUUGCGAAUGGUAGACUGGCGUACAAAGUUCUUGGGCGGUGUUCCCACAACCUGGCGGGUGGGAGAAGCAUUGAUAGCGUUUUCAACGCCAUCAAGAAUCGAUGCCGAGUCUAUACUCUCGGCGUAGUUAUCAGACAAGUCGGAAGCCUCAUCGGAAUCUUCCUCCUCCUCUGGCAAGAGAGAUGUGUCCGCUCGUUGAAUACCGGGCGAGGGCUCCUCCAGAAUUCUAGCCUGUAGCUUCGCAGCCCUUGCCGCAGCGCGAGCAGCUUCUCGAUGCCUCUGGACUGUCGGAAUAUCGGUCUCGUUUUCGGAUGAUAUCUCACUGCUGGUGACUGUGUCUCUCCGGGGCCUCUCCUGCACUGUUACCAAAGCUGACUGUGAGCCUCGGCGAGGCGCCCUUGGCGAGACAGCCCCGACUUGCCUCAAAUUCGUGUUCUGUAGUGGUGACGAGCCCGCUCUGUGUCUGACCGGCAUUUUUGCAAACUUGAUCUGUUGCGCAGCCCGUUGAUCCGUAUCGUCGUCGCUCUCAUCGCUCAAGUCACUACUGUCCUCUUCUUCCAUCUGCUCGCGACGCCUGCGCCGCCUGGUAGCCAUUCCUGGACCCAUAGUAUCCGAACCGCCCGCAGUGAGCAUACCGCCAUCUUCUUCCCCAUCUUCGAGUGUGAGGCCAGCCUGCUUUGGUGCUUGGAAGUACUCGGAGGCAAUCGCAGUAGGGAUCGGAGGUGAGUGUGUCCGCUUGUGGUGGGACGAAUUCGGUCGCCAGCCAGCGGCUUUAAAAGGAGCCGAAUUUAUGAAGCCAUCGUUGACGUUUAGGAGUCGCUCUCCAACACCGUCUGCAAUUUCGUCGAGGUAGCUUGUGCGAAGCUGGUAGGAGACGAGUCUGGACGGGACGUCAGCCUAUGAAUCUGUGCAAAGCCAUUACCGAAGACAUGAUCGCACUCUUCAAGUUGUAUGACGGACAUAGUCGCGACUAAUUAUGUGUGAUCGCUUCACCCUGUGAGGUCAAGAAUUUCCCUAGAGCCGAGUAACUGCUUCAACAUGUUUAACCCUGCCCCAAGCCGUGAAUUGUCAAGAAAUCGAGAAUCUAAAGCAGGGACUGUAUCAUCGCUGUAACUGCUACCUAGUCAAUGAGACAAGCACGGGUUGAGCCGUGGGGUAAUCUAGGCACCUUAUCAUUCAACUGAACUCACCUUACCCUUGAGUGUGGAGCACAGCCUCGUUAAGAUGUGGCUGCAUUGCGGCACAGUCGUGUUAGAAGUGGAACCUUUCAACCUCAUGUCGCGAUGCUCAGCUUCGCGAUUCUUUCGUACUUUCACUAUUACAUCAACUAACUAAUCGAAUAAUCGACCACCAUGGGCCUUGUCGACUAUUCCGACUCAGAGGGCUCAGGCUCCGAAGCCGAAGCUCAAGCUCCCGUCAAACCCGCCCCUAAAUCAACUGCAUCUUCCAAGAAGCCUUUCCAAAAGGUUGUCGAUAGGUCCAACCCUGGCAAAAUCGUUGUCAGCCUCCCUCAGCUCGUCAACGAUAAACCGCAAGCCGAAGAACCUCCAGCAAAACGGACCAAAACUGCCGGUGGUGGUAGAUUCUCCGGUUUCAACUCGUUUCUACCAGCGCCCAAGAACGCGAACAAGCCCAAGCCCGUGGCAUCGAGCAGUUCGACAGCGAGACCAACCUUUCAGUUCAAGACUAGCGCAGCUCCAGGAUUUAGUAGAGGAACAGGAGGCGACCUGGACAAUUCAAAGGACAAUGCAGACGGCAUGAGCCUACCGACGCCGAAGGCUGCCGCGCAACCACAUAUACCUGAAGGACAAAAACCAGCAGACGAGGUUAAGUUGGUGGGCAAGCCAUUGAUGUUCAAGCCUCUGUCUGUGGCAAGGAACCCCCAGAAGAAGAAGAAACUGAACUCAGGGCUGGCAAAACCAGCGCCGACUCCCACACAUGAACAGGCUCAGUUGAAACCGGCUGAGGCAACACCAGAGGCCACGCCAGCCGUUCCCAAGAAGGUGUCGCUGUUCUCUAUGCACACAGAAGAGACUUCUGAACCUGCAGAAAAUAGUUCUUCAGGCACUUACGAACCAAUGUUUGCGACAGCAGAAAGCUCAUUGGCCUAUGAUGAGGGCGCAUAUGGCGACUAUGCCAGCCAUGCGCAAGCAGGUCCACCCGCAACAACAUUACCAGGCUCUGAGUCCCUUGAUACAGUAGUCGAGGACCUAAACCUUACCGCCGCUCAACGAAGAGAGCUCUUUGGCCGCAAUGGCCUGGGCAACCAAGCAGCUAAGAAAGUUAUCAAUUUUAACAUGGAUAAGGAAUAUAGACACAACGAAGAGAUUAGGGCCGCAGGAGAGGAACAGACUCACAACCCUGUGCGCGCGAUCCAAGGAGGUGGAAAGCACAGCUUGCGCCAGUUGGUACAGAAUGCGCAGAGCCAGCGUGAAGCUCUUGAGGAUAGUUUUGCCAAGGGGAAGAAUAACCGAAAGGAGGCAGGGAGCAAGUACGGAUGGUAGUGAUGAUAAUGAUACCCAAGUUUAUUCAAUAUAUUCAAGAAUGGUACUAUCUAUCCUCCCCCAACUUUUGUCCAGCAUAUUUACUCCACAAACAUACGCCGUCCUCUAUAACGCUAAGAUCUAAUAUGCCAAGCAUACGUGCAAUCGAACAAAAGGGGUGUCUUGAAGCCAAACGCUCGCCAUGCAACCGACAAAACAAAGCAAAUAAGCCUACAAUAUCAAAAGAUCUCAACUCCGGCCUUGCGACCACUCUGGAAGGCAUUGUCUGCCAUCAUGAAGCCCCAUUCUCCUCGCGUGGUGGGCGAAAUAUCGUCAUAGUCAUGCGGGGUUAACGGCCCAAAUCUUGGUGAUGCUGGACUCAUGAUGGGUGUUGGUGUGAGGGGACUGAAAGCGCUUCGAUUGAUGGGACCGGCGGUUAAGAUUUGAUCUAUCGUCGAAGGUGGCUCCCAUUGCUGCAUUGUGAAAUACAAUUGAUCUGUCGGUCGUGCCGUGCGAUCGCCGUCUUCCUCCU